UCCCCCCGCGGCGGCGGCCGAGGCGCCGGGAGGCGGCGGCGGCGGCUGCGGCGGCGGCCCGAGCCGGGCCCCAUGGCGCGGGGGGACGCGGGCCGCGGCCGCGGGCUGCUCGCGCUGACCUUCUGCCUGCUGGCGGCGCGCGGAGAGCUGCCAUUGCCCCAGGAGACGACCGUGCAGCUGAGCUGUGACGCGGGGCCGCUGCAAGUGAUCCUGGGCCCAGAGCAGGCUGCUGUGCUGAACUGUAGCCUGGGGGCUGCUGCUGCUGGGCCCCCGACCAGCGUGACAUGGAGCAAGGACGGGGAAGCCCUGCCGGAGCACGACCACCUGCACCUGCUGCCCAGUGGCUCCCUCCGGCUGUCCCAGCCACUAGCCCCUGAUGGCAGUGGUGAGGCAGCCCCCGGGGCCGUGGGAGCCAUCGAGGGCAGCUACUCCUGCCUGGCCCACGGUCCCCUCGGAGUGGUGGCCAGCCAGGCUGCUGUGGUCAGGCUUGCCACACUUGCGGACUUCUCCCUGCACCCGGAGUCGCAGGUGGUGGAGGAGAACGGGACCGCCCGCUUUGAGUGCCACACCCAGGGGCUGCCGGCUCCCGUCAUUACCUGGGAGAAGGACCAGGUGACGCUGCCUGAGGAGCCUCGGCUCAUCACUCUGCCCAACGGCGUCCUGCAGAUCCUGGACGUUCAGCGCAGUGACACCGGCUCCUACCGCUGUGUGGCCACCAACGUGGCCCGCCGCCGCCUCAGCCAGGAGGCCCUGCUCAGCGUCGUCCCCAGAGGGUCCCUGGCAUCCACUAGGGGGCAGGAUGUGGUCAUUGUGGCAGCGCCGGAGAAUACCACCGUGGUGUCUGGCCAGAGCGUGGUGAUGGAAUGUGUGGCCUCAGCUGACCCCACCCCUUUUGUGUCCUGGGUCCGACAAGACGGGAAGCCCAUCUCCACGGAUGUCGUCGUCCUUGGCCGCACCAACCUGCUCAUCGCCAGCGCGCAGCCCCGGCACUCGGGUGUGUACGUGUGCCGCGCCAACAAGCCCCGCACGCGCGACUUCGCCACGGCCGCCGCAGAGCUGCGGGUGCUGGCGGCCCCGGCCAUCUCGCAAGCGCCCGAGGCGCUGUCGCGGACGCGGGCCAGCACCGCGCGUUUCGUGUGCCGCGCGUCCGGCGAGCCGCGGCCCGCGCUGCGCUGGCUGCACGACGGGGCGCCGCUGCGGCCCAACGGGCGUGUCAGGGUCCAGGGAGGCGGCGGCAGCCUGGUCAUCACGCAGAUCGGUCUGCAGGACGCCGGCUACUACCAGUGCGUGGCGGAGAACGGCGCGGGGACGGCGUGCGCCGCCGCCCCGCUGGCGGUCGUGGUGCGCGAGGGGCUGCCCAGCGCCCCCACGCGGGUCACAGCCACGCCGCUGAGCAGCUCCGCCGUGCUGGUGGCCUGGGAGCGGCCUGAGCUGCACAGCGAACAGAUCAUCGGGUUCUCCCUCCACUACCAGAAGGCACGGGGCAUGGACAAUGUGGAAUACCAGUUUGCAGUGAACAAUGACACCACCGAGCUGCAGGUCCGCGACCUGGAGCCCAACACCGACUAUGAGUUCUACGUGGUGGCCUACUCCCAGCUGGGGGCCAGCCGCACCUCCACCCCCACGCUCGUCCACACCUUGGAUGAUGUCCCCAGCACGGCGCCCCAGCUCUCCCUGUCCAGCCCCAACCCCUCGGAGAUCAGGCUGGCGUGGCUGCCCCUGCCCCCCAGCCUGAGCAACGGGCAGGUGGUGAAGUACAAGGUCGAGUACGGUUUAGGGAAGGAAGAUCAGAUCUUCUCCGCUGAGGUGCCGGGGAACGAGACCCAGCUGACGCUGCACUCGCUUCUGCCCAACAAGGGGUACCGCGUGCGGAUCGCGGCCGGCACAGGGGCCGGCUACGGCGCCCCCUCCCAGUGGGUGCAGCACAGGACGCCCAGUGUGCACAACCAGAGCCAUGUCCCUUUUGCCCCUGCAGAGCUGAAGGUGCGGGCGAGGAUGGAGUCCCUGGUGGUGUCCUGGCAGCCGCCCCCGCACCCCACCCAGAUCUCCGGCUACAAACUGUACUGGAGAGAGGUGGGGGCGGACGAGGAGGCUGACGGCGACCACCCCCUGGGGGGCCGUGGGGACCAGGAGUGGGACGUGGGGCCCGUGCGGCUCAAGAAAAAAGUGAAGCAGUAUGAGCUGACCCGGCUAGUCCCCGGACAGCUGUAUGAGGUGAAGCUCGUGGCCUUCAACAAGCAUGAGGACGGCUACGCCGCCGUGUGGAAGGGCAAGACCGAGAAGGCUCCCACGCCAGACCUCCCCAUCCAGAGGGGACCCCCCUUGCCACCGGCCCACGUCCACGCAGAAUCAAACAGCUCCACGUCCAUCUGGCUGCGGUGGAAAAAGCCAGACUUCACCACGGUCAAGAUCGUCAACUACACCGUGCGCUUCAGCCCCUGGGGGCUCCGCAAUGCCUCGCUGGUCACCUAUUACACCAGCCCGGGGGAGGACAUUCUCAUCGGCGGCCUGAAGCCCUUCACCAAGUACGAGUUCGCGGUGCAGUCCCACGGGGUGGACAUGGACGGCCCUUUCGGCUCUGUGGUCGAGCGCUCCACCCUGCCUGACCGGCCCUCGACUCCCCCCUCUGACCUACGCCUGAGCCCCCUGACGCCGUCCACCGUCCGGCUGCACUGGUGCCCGCCCACGGAGCCCAAUGGCGAGAUCGUGGAGUACCUGAUCCUGUACAGCAACAACCACUCCCAGCCCGAGCACCAGUGGACGCUGCUCACCACGGAGGGAAACAUCUUCAGCGCCGAGGUGCACGGCCUGGAGAGUGACACACGGUACUUCUUCAAGAUGGGCGCGCGCACGGAGGUGGGGCCGGGGCCCUUCUCCCACCUGCAAGAUGUGAUCACGCUGCAGGAGAGGCUCUCAGACUCCCUGGAUGUGCACUCGGUCACCGGCAUCAUCGUGGGCGUGUGCCUGGGCCUCCUCUGCCUCCUGGCCUGCAUGUGUGCUGGCUUGCGCCGCAGUCCCCACAGGGAAUCCCUCCCAGGCCUGUCUUCCACGGCCACCACUGGGAACCCAGCGCUGUACUCCAGAGCCCGGCUCGGCCCUCCAAGUCCCCCAGCUGCCCAUGAACUGGAGUCCCUUGUGCACCCCCGCCCCCAGGACUGGUCCCCACCGCUCUCAGACCUGGAGGACAGGGCUGAAGUGCACAGCCUUAUGGGAGGCGGUGUCUCCGACGGCCGGAGCCACUCCAAGAGAAAGAUCUCCUGGGCUCAGCCCGGUGGGCCAACCUGGGCAGGUUCCUGGGCGGGCUGUGAGCUGCCCCAGGCAGGCCCCAGGCCCGCUGUGACCCGGGCCCUACUGCCCCCUGCCGGUACCGGGCAGACGCUGCUGCUGCAGGCUCUGGUGUAUGACGCCAUCAAGGGCAAUGGGAGGAAGAAGGCGCCGCCAGCCUGCAGGAACCAAGUGGAGGCAGAGGUCAUUGUCCACUCGGACUUCAGUGCCUCCAACGGGAGCCCUGACCUCCAUUUCCAAGACCUGGAGCCUGAGAGUCCGCUUCCUGUGGAGGCUCCUGAUCUCACCUCGGCGGGCGCUGGGGGUCUCGGGCAGGGGGCAGACUGGCCGGACAGGGGCCUGGGAGGGUGUGAGCCGGCAGCCCCGGGGCCAGACAAGCUCAGCUGCCUGCCAGAGGUGGCCAGUGCUCCCUGUCCCUUCCCGGACCUCCUGCCCAGUGAGGCCUUGGAGGAGGCCCCUGGGAACAGCUGCCAGCCCAAAGCCCCCUGCCCGCUGGGAGCCAGCCCCAGCCCGCCCAGAGCCCCGGUCUCCUCCUCUGCGUAGCUCCCUAGAAGGGUGCAGUGUGGGGCAAGCUGGUCUGCAUCAAGGGAUUCGACACACACAGCCCCGCAUGUACACAGUGCACCUGCAGAUCCUGAACUCAUCAAGCCCUUCAGAGCCUCCUAGGGAUGGAUCAUCCACUGCCCCCGUACUCUUUGUGACACAUAUGUGUUCUGUGAGAGACGCGUGAGACACAGCACAUGUGAUGUGAAGCACAUGUGUGUGCACUGGGUGGUCUGGGAAGCCGUGGGCCAGGCAGUGGGCAGUCUGACCCUCCAGGUCAGGGCGGUGGCCCCGAGUGGUCAGGCCCCAGCCUAGUCCCCCAGCCUUCUAUUACACACUCUGGGAGUGUCUCCUGCACCCUGGCUGACAAAGACAGCCCCAGCCUGCUCUCCUGUCCCACUGGGCUGGGACAGCCUCUUUCCCCACUCCCCACUGCCCACAUCCACAGGGUGACCCUGGCACCCCCGGGAGCAACUCUGCAUUUCGCUUUGUGAUUUGGGAAGUGCCUGGCUUUGAGACUCUGCUUCCUCUCACCCUGCCUGCUUCUUGUUCCUCCCCCCUUCACUGAUCCAGUGGCCUGGCCCCAGUCCUGGUGCCCCCAACCCCCCAGCUGUCUCUCACGCCUCUCUCGGACGGUGUCAUCUGCUUCUCCCACCUGAGCUGCCUCUUGGCACCCUUCCCUAACAACAUGGCUACCUCAUGCCCACUUCAAGGCCAUGGCUGGGCUCCUGUGCCCGCUGUGGACCUCCCCCCACACCCCCCUGCCCCCUCUGCUCUCAGCACCCCGCACGCCCCCUCUGCAGGCCUAUGGCUCACCCCAGGCAUGGGGUUGGAGACGAUCGUCCAGCUUCCCUGUGUCUUUCUCCUGGGGGCUGGGACAGGAGGAGGUGAGGGGUCCAAGUCAUAGGGGGAAGGGGCCGUGACCCCGAGGCGCCGAGGACAAUGACUCCGUUCUGUGCUGGGCCCUGGUUUCUGACCUUUCUUCCCAGCUGACGAUAAGGGCAGGAGGGGAGCUGCAGCCUAGUGGCUUCCCGCCCUGUGCACUUCGCAUUUGACCCGAUCCUGGGCGUGCGUGAAGAGGAGGACUUUGCACAGAAGAAGGGUGGUUGGCUUGAUUCGUUUCAUUUUUCCUUUAUGCCGUAUCCUGAAGUCAUUUUCUGUCGAAGAAGCUUGACUUCUGUCUCCUGUGUAGUGACAACAACGCCAUCUAUUAGAUUUUUCACCUCUGCCCUCUCAUAAGAGCACAGAGUGGGGUCUUUGCUUCCCUACUUGAAUCUGAUCGGCACAUCAAGAGUUAACUCUGGCUUCCGGGCCAAAUUAGAAAUAACUAGUCUAUCUUUCUUUUCUUUAAAAAAAAAAAAAAAAAAAGUGGUGAACUGUCUCCCAGCAGAGUUGCAGCUUCCUUGAGCCGGAAAGCAUCCGUGUUUAUUGCACUCGGUGUCACUCACGUCUCACAUCUGCACCUGCAUCUCGCCACCCACCCCCAGCCAGCCUAGGAUAACACUAAAGAUUAUUAAUGUUGGUCUUGUCUCUCGUUAAAGACAGAGUUGUCACUUGCACCGUUUCAGCAGCGCUCAGCGUGGCUGCGGCUAACACCACCGUAUAUGUUUCAUCAUUGCUUUGAAGGUCAAAAGCCUCAUUUUAUUUUGCUGGUUUGAUUUUUUUUUUUAAGGAAAAAAAAAAAAACUGGCCUGAAUUCAACGGCUGUUUUAACAGUAAGCUCUUAGCGUUAUACCACGUAGUCAUUUUUCAUGUUCUUGUUUAACAGGCACCGAGGUUCUGGUUUAAAUUAAAUAGCUGCAAAUGAGACAAUUUAUAACCCAUUAGGUUGGGUGGAAAAUUGUUUCUCAAAAGCAAAUAAGUAAUAAAUCUGGUAUCUGCCUAUAACUCAGAGUUGAUAAGAAAGUGGCCAUUACUCACUAGCAUUAUAUAUGAUUUGGGCUCUGGGUAAUUUUGAAGUGUUAGCCUUGUGUCUUUGUAGCUGUAUUUUUAUUAGAAAAGAGUCUCUCGGCCUUGUACAGGGUAUGAAGCCCUUUGUCACCUACCAUGGAUGCCUUAAGUUUUCUGAGUCUCAUUUUUUAAAUCUUCCUUUUCUUGAUGCAUGACAAGCAUAAUCAGUACUUGCUCAUUUAUUUGUCUGUAUUUAGUUCAUGUUGUAUUAUUUAAUUAUUUUUCCAGCAUUUUUUUCUCCUUACAAUUAUAUUCUUUAGUGUUAAGCUAAGGCAUUGAUCAUGUAUCUUUCCCCCUAAUGGAUUAAUAAACUAUUUUCCAGAA